AAUGACAAUGUGCAAGAUUCGGGGCUUCAGACUCGGAUUCUGGGAUUAUCGCAAUUGCUUUCCAAACGCUUUUAUUUACUAAGACCCAAAAAUCAAGUUUACUAUAUACUGCGCGACCUCCUGCAAGCCCUCCCUUGUCAACUCAUCUUACUUCGAACCCGGGUAUUCUCUUCGUUUUGUCAUCUUCAUUUUGCUCGUAAUUCUUGUUCUAAACACGCAGGCCUUGCUUGGCAGGGUCAACGCCACGCUCCUGGCAGUACUUGGCAACCUCCUUGGCCAAAGUCUCCCUCUGGCGGGUGGCCAGGUCCAUGAUGUCCUCGACCACCUCACCCAGCUUCUCGCCGUUCUUCGUCGAGAUUUCAUAGACGUUGGCCAUUUCGUUGAGAACAGCAGUCAGCUGGUUGGGCAGCCAUGUAACAAUGGGGCUACCACCGGUGGCCGUGGGGUGGCUGGUCUGCUUCAGGAUGAACUCCCUCGUAAAGCACCUGGAAAGUUUUAAGUCGACACUGAAUCCACAAUGCCCGGGACUGCAGAAGCGCUGCCUCGUCAGUGUCAUCAUCGGCCUUGUCCAAGCCAAGAGCGAACUGCUUCAAGCCGCAAGAGGCGGAGCUGUUCUUAACCCAUUCCAGCCACUGGCGGUGGUUGCUGGGCCUGUAUUGCCUAAAGUCUUUCAGGAUCUCGGUCAACGGCGUCGUGGGCAUGGCUACGCAAAAAAAGUUGUCGGCGGUAGGAAUUAUCGAGUCGUUAGCCCCCGACUCGCCGCGGAAAUCCCAGCGCUCGCCGUUGCUGACGCCCUCAUACUCGACUCCGUUGGGGAACAUGCUCUGCGAGGUGAUGCCGAAGAUGAAAGUACGGAAGGAGGUAUAGCUGCGGGGCUUGGACUUUUGCCACAUGGUUUCCAUGACCUCGUUAAUCUUCUUCAUGGCCUCGAGAAUCUUGGCCAAGCCGCUGUUGACCUUUUCGCGGCGCUCCUUGGAGGUUCCGGGAGCGGCGACUUUGCAGGCAUCAAGAGCCUCCACAACACCCGUGACAAGCGGGCCUGAGUUGCGUACCAUGUCUGCCAUUGAUGAAUAAGUUAGCAAAGCCUAUUUGCCUAUGUCUGUCCGUCUUUUUUUCUUUUUUUUUUCUUUUCUUCAGGGGGGUGAAUAG